GAGCGCCCCCUCCUCAUCCUCCUCUUCCUCUUCCUCGUCCAGUUUUGCAGGAGAAGCUCUUCCAGUCUCCAUCUCCUUCGUCACCUGUCAGCAUGUUCGUGCAUUGGGAGGUUCGCUUCUACAUUUUCAUCCUGCUGGCGCACAUGAGGUCCUACUGCUGCUGGUCAGUGAAUAAUUUCUUGAUGACUGGACCCAAGGCGUACCUGAUCUAUUCCAGCAGCGUGGCGGCGGGAGCCCAGAGCGGCAUCGAAGAGUGCAAGUACCAGUUUGGAUGGGACCGCUGGAACUGCCCCGAGAGAGCCCUGCAGUUGUCCACACACAGCAGCCUGCGCAGCGCCAAUCGGGAGACGGCGUUCGUGCACGCCAUCAGCUCAGCUGGUGUCAUGUACACACUGACCAGGAACUGCAGUCUGGGCGAUUUCGACAACUGCGGCUGCGACGACAGCCGCAACGGGCAACGAGGUGGUCACGGUUGGCUGUGGGGCGGCUGCAGCGACAACGUCGGCUUCGGCGAGGUCAUCGCCAAGCAGUUUGUCGACGCUUUGGAGACCGGGCAAGACGCCCGAGCGGCUAUGAAUCUGCACAACAACGAAGCUGGCAGGAAGGCGGUCAAGGGGACCAUGCAGAAGAUGUGCAAGUGCCACGGGGUGUCGGGGAGCUGCACCACGCAGACUUGCUGGCUGCAGCUGCCCGAGUUCAGGGAGGUGGGCAACUACCUGAAGGAGAAGUACCACCGAGCUCUGAAAGUCGACCUCCUCCGCGGGGCCGGGAACAGCGCGGCCAACCGGGGGGCGGUGGCCGAGUCCUUCAGCUCCGUCUCUCGCAAGGAGCUGGUCCACCUGGAAGACUCGCCCGACUACUGCUUGGAGAACCGCACGUUGGGUCUGCCGGGCACCGAGGGUCGCGAGUGCCUGAAGAAGGGGAAGAACUUGAGCAAGUGGGAGAAGCGCAGCUGCAGGAGGCUGUGCGGCGAAUGCGGCCUGGCCGUGGAGGAGCGCAAGGCCGAGACGGUGUCCAGCUGCAACUGUAAGUUCCACUGGUGCUGCGCGGUCAAGUGCGAACAGUGCAGGAAGACGGUGACCAAAUUCUUCUGCGUGAAGAAAGGAGGCGCUAGGGGGAGGAAUGAGAGCGCGGGCGGACGGCGUAAGACCCUCAAGCCCGGCAAGAAGCACUGAGCCUCCCCUUGGAAUACUUUGGGUCAGAUUUGGGAGUGGGGGGGAACAGUUGUACAUUUCCAGAAAUGAAAAAAGACAAUCUCAAGCCAGUUGCUUGAAAUAUACUCCAAUAACUCCUCCGCCUCUCCCGUCAAAUUCAGAGAGAUUUUCCAUCAGUCCAUUUUCCGAUCCGCUUU